AUGGUAGAGUCUCAGUAAUACAAAUAUGUAAAGAAUGUUGAUGGAGAAUUUUAAAUUGUAAGUGAAGACAUCCCGAGACCUGGAGCAGGAUAAGCACUAAUUAAGAUAGCUUAUUCAGCAAUUAAUUCCUAUGAUGAAAUGAACUUCACUAUUUUCAAAUCAUAAAGAAUUGGUUCAGUUGGUGAAGACACAUUAUCUGAUCUUAUUGGAAAGAAAGUUAGUUUUUUAGCUGAAGCCUGGGGUCAGUAUAGACUGGCUGAUAUUAAUACUUUAAUUGUAUUGGAUGACAGUCAAGAUCUUGCAAAAGCUGCAAAUGCUAGUGGUAACCCACUUACUGCAUUGGGUUAACUUGACCUUGUUAAAAAUCAUGGAGCUAAAGCAGUAGUUCUAACUUCUGCUACCUCUUAAUUAGGAAAGCAAUUCUUGAGACUUUGCUUAUCUGAGGGCAUUUAGGUAAUUAAUAUAGUGAGGAGAUAAGAAGCUAUAAAUUAGUUAAAGGAUGAGUGUGGAGCUCAUUAUGUGCUUAACUCAACUUCUCCAACAUUUUUAACUGAUCUGUAAAUUCUAUGUGAUGAACUUCAACCAACAUACUUGAUUGACUACAUUGGAGGAAAUUUAAUCGGCCAGAUAUUUACUACUAUGCCAUAAAGCUCGCAUUUGCUUACAGUUGGAAACUAAAGUGGAGAGACUAUGAAUUUGAAUUCAGGAGAUAUUUUAUUUAAAGAUAAGACUGUUUCAGGAUUCAUGCUUAAUAGAUUUUUACAAUCAAUUUCACUUGAUGAUAGAAGAGAAUUAAUGCAAAGAAUUUCCAAUGACCUAAGAGAUGGAGGGAAAAUCUUUGGAUCAAAUAUUGUAAAAGAAAUUCCUCUCGAAAACUUUAAAGAGGGACUUCAAUAAUAUUAAGAAGUUGCAUCAGAGGGGAAAAUUUUAAUUAAUUGCUAGUGA